AUGAGAACCGAGGAACAGAAGGAUGCCGAGGAAGAGCAGGACAUCGAAGAACAGAAGGAAAUCAAAGAACAGAAAGGCAUCGAAAAACGCACAGGCACGGGAAAACAAAAAGGCACUGAGGAACAGAUAUACAUCAGGAAACAUACAAGCAUCAAGGAAAAUAUAAGCAUCGAGGAUCAGACAGGCAUAGAAGAACAGACAACCAUCGAAAAGCAAACAGGCAUGGAAGAAAAGCCAGGUUCGCGACCCAGUAGUGAAGUCAUUACUACCACUAGAGAAACCGAUAAAGAAACUAGGUUAUUAAAAAAAGAACAGUUAGUGAAUUUCUUAAAGAAGUUAAAACAUGGCCUGACGAAAAUACGACCCCUGAAAACGCAAAAAAGAAAAGGAUUACCCUUCCAUCUGUGGUAA